CCCCUUCACUUCCCAAUACACUCACACUCACACACACACACACCAGUUGCUCCCUGUCUGGGAGCCCCAGGACAUGGCUCAGAUGGGAUUCUGAGCUGGGCAGACAGAAGGAGCAAAGGUGGAGGACAGCUUCCCUUUCAGGUCCUGUCUCCCCAGUAUUCCUGUAGUGGCUUCCCUGAGGCUCCCCUGGGGACCUGAGGCAUGGAGCUGAGCUGACCACAGGAGCCGGGACCGGGGGCUGAGAGAGAGAGGAAGGGAGAGAGAAACACUCACAUGAGAGAGAAACAUCGAUCCGUUGUCUCCAGUACACGCCCCGACCGGGACUGAACCCACAGCCUAGGGAGGCCUGCAGCCUGGGGAGGAAGAGUGAGGUCACACAGCAAGGCAGAGACACAGCUUACUGUAUUGGCUGCACCUCUCACUGCCCUGCCUCCGCCCAGCUCGGCGCCUCCAUCCAUUCCGUGGCUAUGGACAGAAAAGUGGCAGUCCACGAGGACGGGCCUCCCGUGGUGUCCUGGGUUCCCGAGGAGGGAGAGAAGUUGGACCAGGAAGGCGAGGACCAGGUGAAGGAUCGGGGCCAAUGGACCAACAAGAUGGAGUUUGUGCUGUCAGUGGCCGGGGAGAUCAUUGGGCUGGGCAAUGUCUGGAGGUUCCCCUAUCUCUGCUACAAAAAUGGAGGUGGAGCAUUCUUCAUCCCCUACUUCAUCUUCUUCUUCACGUGCGGGAUCCCGGUGUUCUUCUUGGAGGUGGCAUUGGGCCAGUACACCAGCCAAGGGAGUGUCACGGCCUGGAAGAAGAUCUGCCCCCUUCUCCAGGGCAUUGGUUUGGCAUCUGUGGUCAUUGAGUCCUAUUUGAACGUCUACUACAUCAUCAUCCUCGCCUGGGCCCUCUUCUACCUGUUCAGCUCCUUUACCUCUGAGCUGCCCUGGACAACAUGUACCAAUUCCUGGAACACAGAGCAUUGCAUGGACUUUCUGAACCACUCGGGAGCCAGCACAGUGAUGCUCUCUGAGAACUUCACCUCACCUGUCAUGGAAUUCUGGGAGAGACGCGUUCUGGGCAUCACCACAGGCAUCCAUGACCUGGGAGCCCUGCGCUGGGAGCUGGCCCUGUGCCUCCUGCUUGCCUGGGUCAUCUGCUACUUCUGUAUCUGGAAGGGGGUCAAGACCACAGGCAAGGUGGUUUAUUUCACAGCCACGUUUCCCUACCUGAUGCUGAUCAUCCUAUUGAUUCGAGGCAUCACACUUCCCGGGGCGUACGAGGGCAUCAUCUAUUACCUGAAGCCAGAUCUGUCUCGCCUGAAGGACCCCCAGGUGUGGAUGGACGCGGGCACCCAGAUCUUCUUCUCCUUCGCUAUCUCUCAGGGGUGCCUGACAGCCCUGGGCAGCUACAACAAGUUCCACAACAACUGCUACAGGGACUGCAUUGCCCUCUGCUUCCUGAACAGUGCCACCAGCUUUGUGGCCGGGUUUGUGGUCUUCUCCAUCCUGGGCUUCAUGUCCCAAGAGCAAGCAGUGCCCAUCUCUGAAGUGGCUGAGUCAGGUCCCGGGCUGGCCUUCAUCGCCUUCCCCAAGGCUGUGACUAUGAUGCCCUUAUCCCAGCUGUGGUCCUGCCUCUUCUUCAUCAUGCUCAUCUUCCUAGGGCUGGACAGCCAGUUUGUCUGUGUGGAGUGCCUGGUGACAGCCUCCAUGGACAUGUUCCCCAGGCAGCUACGGAGGAGCGGGCGGCGAGAGCUCCUCAUCCUGGCCAUUGCGGUCCUGUGCUACCUGUUAGGGCUACUCCUGGUCACUGAGGGUGGGAUGUAUCUCUUCCAGCUGUUCGAUUAUUACGCUUCCAGUGGCAUCUGCCUGCUCCUCCUUGCGAUGUCUGAAGUAAUCUGCAUCAGCUGGGUGUACGGGGCAGACCGUUUCUAUGACAACAUUGAGGACAUGAUUGGCUACCGGCCAUGGCCCCUGGUAAAGAUCUCCUGGCUCUUCCUGACCCCUGGACUUUGCCUGGCCACUUUCUUCUUCUCCUUGAGCAAGUACACACCUCUGAAAUACAACAACAUCUACGUGUACCCUCCCUGGGGAUACUCCAUUGGCUGGUUCCUGGCUCUCUCCUCCAUUUCGUGCAUCCCACUCUUCAUCAUCGUCUCCCUCCUGAAGACCCAGGGCUCCUUCAGAGAGCGCCUGCGGCAGCUCGUCACCCCUGACCCCAGCCUGCCACAGCCCAAGCAACACCUGCAUCUGGAUGGUGGCUCCGGCCAGGACAGCGGCCCCUCCCCAGUGAAGGAGGGACUGACAUCUGGGGAGAAAGAGACCCACUUGUAGGAUGUGGCUGAAAGCCAGGUGGCUACUGAGCCAGGAACCUGGGUCAGGGCCACCCUCUCCCCCAGUGGACAGCCUUUGCCUCUGUUCCCACCACAGCCCUGCUGAGAACACUUGUGCUGCCUGUGGGCAGCCCCAGCUGAGGCAAGACUCCCUCCUCUCCUCUUCUCUACUGGAGCAGCUUCUCUUGGUGGGCUGAAGAUGGUCCUGCUGGAACACGCCAUGCUGUGAAGCGGCUCCCUGUUGGAACACACUGUCUUAUUUAUGCAGGAGGGUGGUCUUUCUGGAGUUCACCAUCUGAUUACAACACACUGCGUUGUGAGGGAUCUCCCACAGCAGGGGUGUUUCCUGUUAGAGUUUACCAUGUUCUGCCUUGGGAAGAUAGUGCCAACUGGAAUCCCUAUCAUGAUCUGAUUCAGAGAGCGUGAUGGAACACACGGUGUUGGAAGUGGCAACUGAACACGCCACAUUGGGUUCUGAUAUUCCGUGAGAGGGUGUCCUUCACUGGGGUUAGCCUCCUGGAGUCUAGGGGCAGGAGACAGGGGACCAGCCAGGAGGCAAACGUUUGCGUGCCGUCGUUGUGUUUGGUUUUCCCGGAGGCAGUCUCUCCCGGUGCUCCUGGCUCCGAGCUAGUCCUGCACUCUUCCCGGAGUGUUAUUACCACCUUAUGCAGAGUUGGAAUGGAAGGGACUAACAGGUGAUCCCUGGACUUUGGGCAUGUGUGGUGUGUAUGUCCUGUGCCCAAGAUGGACAUUGCUAAUUGAUCAUCAAUUCUUCUCCACCUCAUAAUCCUUCAAAUACAGUGCUCCAGGCAGCUCCAUUUGUCGUUCUGCUUUUAUCCAAACCCCCGGCUUCAUGGAUGAGGACCAAAGAGACAAGUGGCUUUCAAGUUCACAUGCCUUGGCACCAAAGACACAACCAGAACCUGGUCUUCUGGUUCUCAGGCCAGUGUGGUGCCCACUACCCACUCCUGCCAUAGUUAACAGGCAUGUAUGGACCGCCUGCCCCAUGCACUGCCUUCUGUACCUCUUCCCAUGUCUGGUCAAUCACACUGUCUCAGGGUGGGAGGGAGAGAGGCCCCUCCUUUGAAGGGGUGAGUAGCUCUACCUAGAUUGUUCUCCCCACCAUGGUAUUUUCUCUUGCAGCCCCCACUCAUCUGACCAGAUUUCCUCUCUGGGUCCUUUAUUUUUUUUUAAAUCCUCACCCAAA